UAACCAAGCACUUACAUACAUAUUGUCGCAAUGGCAAUGGCUCUUCUACCUCUGAUUGUUAUGGUGAUCAUGCAUUGUCUUCUCUCAUCAAAGGGGUUGGAUCAAUCUCCUUUGCCCUCUAAUUUCCUCUUUGGGACUUCUUCUUCUGCUUACCAGUAUGAAGGUGCUUACUUGAGUGAUGGAAAAGGACCAAACAUCUUUGAUGUCUUCCUUCACCAAUCACCAGGUACGACUGUUGAUAGAAGUAAUGGAGAUAUUGCCGUUGACCAAUACCAUCGCUACCUGGGGGAUAUUGAUCUAAUGGAAGCCAUGAAAGUCAAUAGCUAUAGAUUCUCAAUUUCAUGGGCAAGAGUUCUUCCGAAAGGAAGAUUUGGAGAAAUAAAUUGGGCUGGCGUGAACUACUAUAACAAGUUAAUAGAUGCUUUGCUAGUCAAAGGAAUUCAACCUUUUGUAACAUUGUUCCACUUUGACACCCCCCAAGAACUAGAGGACAGAUAUGGUGCUUGGCUAAGUCCCCAAUCACGGGAAGACUUUCAGUAUUUCGCAGAGCUAUGUUUUAAAUCAUUUGGUGAUAGGGUAAAGUACUGGGCAACCUUCAAUGAGCCAGAUUUCCUUGCAACAUACGGUUACCGUCUAGGAGUAGGUCCGCCGGGUCGUUGCUCCAAACCAUUUGGAAAUUGCAGUCAAGGAGAUUCAGAGAAGGAACCUUUUCUGGUAGUACACAAUAUUAUCCUGUCUCAUGCAGAUGCUGUUGAGAUUUAUAGAACCAAAUACCAGGCAGAGCAAGGUGGUAAAAUUGGCAUUGCUGUGCAUCUUGACUGGUAUGAACCCAUCAGCAAUUCCACAGAAGACAAAUUGGCCACAGAAAGAGCAAGAUCAUUCAACUCGAAAUGGAUCUUGGACCCAAUAAUCUUUGGAAAAUAUCCUAAGGAGAUGCAAGAGAUUCUAGGAAAUAUAUUACCCAGAUUUUCCAGCAACGACCAAGAGAAGCUGAAGAAAGGAGUGGAUUUCAUUGGCAUCAAUCAUUAUAUAAGUUUCUAUGUUAAGGACUGCAUGUUCUCCAUAUGUGAACAAGGACUUGGAAUCACCAGAACCGAGGGAUCGUACCAAACAAGUCCAAAUGGGAAACUAGCUUCGCUUGAUAUGCAAUAUAUUAAUCCUAAAGGCAUGGAGAAAAUUGUCACCUACAUAAAAGACAGAUACAAUAACAUUCCAAUGUUCUUAACUGAAAACGGAUAUGGCCAAAUGAGUCAUUCAAAUUUCACCAAGGACCAAUACCUUAAAGAUUUCAACAGAAUUGAUUACAUGGAAGGUCACUUAGAUUCCCUACUGGAAGCAAUAAGGAAAGGAGCUAAUGUUAAGGGAUAUUUUGCCUGGUCCUUGCUGGACAACUUUGAGUGGAUACAAGGGUAUACAGUAAGAUAUGGACUCUACCAUGUUGAUCGAGCUACGCUGGAGAGAACUCCAAAAUUAUCAGCAAAUUGGUACAAGGACUUCAUUGCAAAGCAUAGAACGGAAACAUUCUUCAGAAAUUAUGGGGGCAGAAAACUGGUAGAAAUCAAUUGAGAAAAGAGGCUUAGCUAGAAUUCCAGUAACUAGGACUGUUACAAAGAUUUGUUCAGCUCCCCAAUGUCAAGCUUUGGCUUGUU